GGUGACUAUAACCUCACUUUUUUAUACUGUUGUAUGUUUUUUUUUGGUUUGCUGUGGUCUUGUUUAACUCGUUUGGUAAAAAGUUUUGCAAAAUCUUUAUUGGGAUACAUGUGAACGAAUUUAAAUCUUUGUAAAAAAAACCCUGAUUCCUGCCUGGAGGAACAAUUUGAAGAUUUCUGUAGAAUUUAAUUUUUGUUUCAAUUUAAUUAAUAAAAAUAAAAAUUAUUUUUAAUAGAGGAAAGCGUGCUACCUUCGAAAGACUCAAGCUUCGAACAAGUCAAUCUUUUCUCUAGGUUUCUAAUGGAUUUGACCUAUGGCUCUUUCCAGGAAAUUUGAAGCAUCGGACUAGCUAUUAAAUUACCGUAGAUACCGGUGAUUUUGCCCCACUACUGUUCGUAAACUUUUCUUUUUAAGAGUCAGUCUCCUGCACAACAACUCACCAUUCCACACGAUCCAAAGCCAGCGUCCGCCAUCGUUGCAGCACCCUCAGGGUUUUGAGGACAUCGUCCACUACGUUGUCCGUCUCGUCCGGAGAUGUUCCCUCGGAAUUUCGCUCACACAGUUUCCUGGGUAUUAUCUCCACUGGCAUACGGCAAAUGGGGCAAAUGUGACCGAAACAGCUCGAUCUACUCGCCCGAAUGUCGGUCUCUCCAUAAAGCUCCUCCAGUUCGUGGUUCAUCCUUGUUUGGAAUUUCUCUGUAGUUUCCUUAUGGAUAGGCCCGUAGGUUCGUCGUAGGACCGCGUCUCUCAAGGUUCAGCAGCUUUCUCUCCUCUGUGCGGAUCAACGGUACUGUUUCCAGACCAUACGUUAUGACUGGCUUCAGUAUAGUUCUGAAUAUUUUGAUAUUUGUCGACUGCGAGACAUUCCUUAAUCGAAGAGGCAAGAGGUUUUCAUAUUCAAAAUUCUCUUUUUUGUACAAAUAAAGAUCUUGCAAAACACCUUACAAAGAGAAUUCAAACCAUGUAACGGUCGAAAAACAAAAACAACUACAAAGGUUAGGUUAUAUGGAGCUUCUGUCAUUGCUUUUAAGAAGUGCAAAGCCUCUUUACGCUCUUCACUUAUAAUUUUUAAAAGAAAAUUUGCUUUUUCUUAAGAAUUCAUGGUGUACUUGUUAAAUAAAUGUCAAAAGUGAUAUGGAGUGCAUUGAUAUAUCGGAAAACUGCCGAGCAUGUCAAAAUAAGACACAGGAGUCCCAAAGGAUACUCAUUUUUAACACAGUGAAACUUCCUGACAUCUUCAAGGAAAUCACAUCCCUGGACAUUCAUGAGACUGAUAGAUUACCCAAAGUACUAUGCUCUACUUGCUACGAUCGCCUCCUGGAAGCCUACAAUUUCCGGAAGAUGUGUUCUGCUGCAGUUCUGCACUUCCAGAAUAUCCUGUCAAUGAAUGUUUCGGAAGAGAAAUACAUCCUACCUGAAAAUCUGAGUACUGUGCAUCUGACGGAUAUACCUGUGAUAUAUAUAAAGACGGAGUCAGAUUCAGAUGCACCUAUCUUCUCUAUAAGGGACCAAAACUGCUCUCUGGAUAGAGACGAAUCUCUUAAUAACAUUUCUGAUACGCUAUGCGUAGAUGAGAAACACCUGGAAAUAUUGAAGAGAGAUCCUGAUGAUGAUGCUUCCUUGAUCUCAAGGAAGACACAGAAGAAGCGAGAGGAUUCCUCUAAGAAAAACAGGAAAACGAUUCCAAAAUCACCCUCUUCGCCGGGUUCGCAGCCUUCCAGUUCCCUGGCAUUGCCAAGUGAUCCAGCAGAAGUACAAGUGACCAUCACAAUUGAGGCCCUCAGAAAACACUUCCAAUGCCAGAAAGCGAUCGUCCACAAAGAUGGCAGCGCACAACUGCUGGAAAAAGGUGCUCAGAAGACUUAUAUUACCAAUACAGAACGAAGAGCAAUUGUAGCUAUUAUUGUCGAUCAUCUCAAGACGACGAGAAGGGACAUCACUCAUCACGACAAAAGCCUUUAUGCCAAAGCGGCAGUGAAAAUGUUCCCUGUCCUCGGUAACAAUACAGGAAUUGGCGAAGUUCAAGAUUCUUUCUAUAAUAAAAGAAACUAUACUGGCUACAUCCCGAACCGCUUGAAGGGUCUUCAAAGAGACGUGAAGAAACGGAAGAGAGCAUUUGGCGAAGAUUUAGAUGAAAAACCGCAUCGAAAGUCGUUAAAAAAGCAAAGUAUUGCUAACACUGAAGCAGGAUCCAAUAACAAUUUUAAUGUAAACGUAAACGUUCUUUCGUCGAUCAAAGCGGACUUAGAACUAUUGAAUCCUACAAAAGAUCGCGAAGAAAUCAUCCAGAAGACGCUUGAAACACGAAAACUGCGUGACGCUUUCGAACCCAACGAUGAACCAAUAUGGGUUCAAUAUCCCCGCUUUAGAGAUACCUUUGGAUUAAUUCAAUGUGAUUUUGAGGAUCGAUUUCCGGAAGCAAGUCCGAAACUCAAAAAGUUUUUCGUCGAAAAACGAGAAAAGAUCUUUGAAGUUCAGAAACAAAGUACAAAGAAGUUGACUGACUCAAUGAAAGAAUGGCACGAGGAUGUACAAUUGCUGGCAUGCCUGCUUGUACUUUCCGGAACGACAACGUCCGGACACAAAGGAAUUUCGAGGAUUUCCGAAGAAAGAGCAUUGGACGAGAUCAUUGGGCUAGUACCACCAGAUUCACUUCCUCCGAAAGUUGCUGAUAAACCAAAAAUUUUAGCACAGGGGUCUUCAAAGAAAGAGGUUUACCGAUUCUACAUCAAUGUUGGUACAUUUCUCAUUGAAACUCAAAAUACCUUCAUUGAUGCAUUGGAUUUGUACUUCAAAUCAUUCCAUGUGUUCAAAAUUGAACCUCUGCCUUCGCUCAAGAAUCUUUUCGAUUUUAUCGAUCAGAUCGUGUUGGGUAUUUCGGAAAAAGAAAAUUGCUCAUCGAAUGUGGCCUUUUUGAACAAUCUGCUUAAUAUCUAAAUGAGGAAAAGUGAAUUUGUCCUUUUAAUUGCAAUAAAAUUAUGAUAUUUAAUUCAA